UUCUGCCUAUUACUGUUUUGUUUACUAGUGUUUUUUAUUCAGUAAAUGUCAAGAAAACAACAGUGGAAACUACAUGGACAGGAAAAUAUACCACAAAUCCUGAUGAUGUUUCUAAUUGUCACAGGAGUGGACAAUGGAUUGAACAUAGUCUGAUUUCAGUGUCUAUACUUAGUGCUAUAUUAAUAGGUUUACUGUGUGUUUUGCUAUAUAAAUAUAGAAAAUCGCGUUAUAUCAGCAGUAGUACAGGAAUUCAUAGUGUUGCAUCCGAAAUUAUAGAACUGAACGACAACCAGCACGUGUACAAUAUAAUUGACGACCAUCAGUUAGAAGAUUUAAUGCAUGACCAAGCUAUCGAUGUGUCAAUUGGAUCGGAACGAACCAACCGUUCAGAUCAGUCCGAUGAUCACUUUAUUCAGUAUGAUGAUUCAGAAUAUCUUCAUCCGUAUCAUUCACUUGUACCUGUUAUUUAUACUGAAAAACAAGAUUAUGAACAAAUCAAUGUACAAAAUAAAGAGGAUGUAUAUAACGACACCAGUCGUAGAACUGGAAAAAGCAGAACACCAAUACGUCUUGUAUCAGAUAACAGGAUAUUAAGUAAUAGCGAUUGCACAAGUGAUGAUUUGAAACGCGCCGAUGUAUGUAAAUUUGUCUGCCAUUCAAAUUCCGAUAACAAAGAUACAAACCAACCAGACCAAACUAUUACAAAUGUAACGCAAAAGUGUAAUCUAAUUUCUGACAAUAUUUCUCUGGACUGACACAAAAAAAAUUAAUACAGUUUGCAAAUGAACAUUUAUAUAUAUAUGUUAUUGUAAUUUGUCGUUUUUUAUUGGCACUUGUAAUACUUGGCAUUUAUUUGGUGAAUAUGUCCAUAGUUACGAUCUCUUAUGUUCCUAUCAUUACAAUUUGAUAUUUCGCUUUUCAAUAUUUUUCAUUUCUCAUAUUCGUUUUGGAAAAAAUAACACUAUUUAAGUAAAACUAUAUCCCAGUGUAAUAUGAUAUUUAUGAUAACCGACAAUUCUAAUAUGACGUGCUUCUUUAGCUUUGUAAACAACACUGUGAUAAAAUACUAGACAAAAUAUACUUAGCGCAGACUCAGAGAUAUGCAUAAUAAUUGCUGUUACAAUGUACUGCCAACGUAAAUUUACAUAUAUUGGAAUCUAUAUAUUGCUUUAAAAAGUAUAAUUAAACAAGACAAAAUAAGUUGUAUU